AUGGACGCAGACAGACGACUCACCAAAGCUCUUGAGGCUGCCAACGAUGCUCUCCAGCAUCUUUCGAUAACACCAGACUUCGGUAGUCUAGACUGCACGCAUAUCGAUCGGCUACUCGCACGAGUGGUUGACCUACCAACCGAGGGCAACCAAAGGAACAGCAGAAGAAAUCUGCUUGUCAUCCGACAGUGGAUGGUCAGCGAAGGCCCUGGUGUCGUGCUUCUUGAAGUCCUAGGCCAGCUAUAUUGGCGGUUGGGGGAGCUCAACAGCAGUCAGUUUGAUAAGUUCAAAGCAUCACUCCAGCAAUGGCAGCCAUACUUGUCCUUGAUACAAGAUACGGAUGGGGAGACGUUGAUAGUUCAACGCAUUCGAUACAUCCAAAGGUCCAAGGCGGAUGCUUGUCAAGACUUUCUUUGUGAGUUGUCAAAUCUUGUUGGCGCUAAAGCUGAUUCCCCAAUGCUUAGCGUAGAAGCUUUGCAAAUAACCCCUCGCAGUCCGACGCGAUCUGUUCGCUCUAGAGACAGCGUUUUGUCCCAGGAGACUGGUUUCACAAGUCUCAUCAAGUAUGUCCCGUCUAGCACAGCACCCGCUCCUGGAGAAAUGGAAAACUUCCUUAUCGAGUUUUAUGUCAAAGGUAUCUGCCCGGGCCGUACGGUUGCGUUGCAGUCAAAUGCGUACAUAUCGUUGUUGCAUGUGGCAGAUUCCUGUCUGAGCACGCGAUACGCCUUACUCAGCCUCUCGGCGUCGUAUCUCUGCGAGCAGCUACCAAAGGAGAAAGGUACCUACCUCCAAGCCGAACUAUACUAUUCCACGCAAGCACUCCAGACUCUAGCGUCACAGAUCAGUGACGGACAUCACUAUGACAGCGCGCUAGUUACUAGCAUGUUGCUGAUGCAUCAUGGUUCGAUCAAUCAGGAGGACUCUCGUUUAUGCUGGUCUUGUCAUGCCAACGUACUCGACGCGAUUCCUCCGAAAGUCAUCGAUCAUCACGCCGAUUGCGCCCUGUUCUUGCGUGCUCAACUCAUCCUAGCACGCACAGCACAAACCACCCAUCAGUUGAACAGGACCCGACGAUAUUCGUUCGAGGCAAUGAACUGGCUGGAAGGUAUAUCGCCCAUCGAAUCUGCCAAAGUCUCUACCACCCUUGGAGUCUCACCCCAGUUGCUUUCCAUCGUAUCAUCCGUAACUUCACUUCCGACCAGUCAGAAUAGAUUGAACAAGGUCAUGUACGCUCAAUCGCAAGAAACGCAAAUUCAAAAUUUGAAGCAGUGGAGUCCCGAGCCAGAAGGCCCAGAGAAAGAAGUACUACUCGCCACAGCAGAAGCUUUCCGCCUUGCCACGCUUAUCUAUCUGCGCUGUUAUAUCUAUGGCUUCACAAGGUUCCAUUCCUCCAUACUCGAACUUUCAGACGCGCUUCACAUCUUACUCCUCUCGUUACCGGUGGAAGGCCCACUCUACACUGCCAUCUAUCCCAUCUGGCCCUUCUUCGUCGCUGCCGUAACCUCAAACUCGGAUAAACGCGAUCGUCUAUACCAGCGCGUCGUGCCAAUACGAGAAGGCGACAAGAAUACACUUCCAGCAGUGUUGAAGCGUAUCAGCGGCAUACGUACAUGGCUCGCAAAUCAGGACGCGACAUGCCAACGUCACGACGGCUGGUGGGAUGAGAUGCUCAGUCCCAGCUCUAGCACGAUAGCACUGGGCCCGCACCUUUUGUGCUUGGGCUAA